AUCAGUGCAAAAUUAAAGUGAAAUAUUCAAAUAAUCUAAAUCAAGUGCUGCAUAACGUAAUGUAACAAUUAAAAAGUGAAAAAAAAUACAAAAUACGCAAUAAAAGAAGGAAAUUUCAUUGUUGAAUUGUGCGAAUUGCACAAUUGUAUGUAGAACUUUUUCUACUCUUCGAAAAGUACACAAAUUGAAAUGAAGUUAAGCAGUGUCUUCUUGUAUAGUGUGUAUAGUAAGUAAGUGAAGUGAAGUGAAGUGUGCUGAAGGAAUUAUCGCGUUCGCGUUCGGGAGCAACCGCGAAGUCCACGCAAGUAUUAAUAUAUAUAGAGUAGUUGGUGUUGCGAAUAAUGGGCAUUGUUGUUGUGUCAUAGCUAGAGUGGGACUGUUCCCAUAUAUGAGUGAACCCCUCCCACUGCCACUGGUACCUGGCGUUACCACUGUCUGUGCGCUUGCAGCUGUGUAUACGAUGAGGUCUUGUGGGUAGCGACGUCGGACGACGAGACGAUAACUAGUUGUGACCCCUGCUACAGCUGCAAGCGAUUCGUAAGAUAUUUUUUGAAUUCGACUGCAAUUUGCAAUUCCGUUCUGGAGCUUUCGCAGCGGUGCGGGAUUAAUGUUCCUAAUAAUUGUGUACUAAUAAAUCUAAAACUCAUAACGAACAAAGUGAAACCGCAACUAAGCGGUUUUGCAGCACCAGCAGAAAAAUUCAUCCGCCGCGGUGUACCAAUUAUAAAACAACUCAUUUAGGCAUGAUUAGUGGUCAACCAGAAGUCAAUAGUAUCGGUUAAGACAAUCUUCGAGACCUGCAGAUGCCAUUUUCGAUGUUAAACUCGAAAUAUAAGCGCAGGUAUGUGUAAAGUUGGACGCGGAAAUACCAGCUGUGUAGCUGCUAACUUGCUUAGGUCCGACGUAUAGGCUUACCAAAGUAAUCGGCGCAUUUGGAGCACUUCACUUUUGAAUUCUACGCACCAACAAAUACAAUAGGCAGUACAAGAACAACCAGCAUUACAUUGAUCCGCGGCGAAGAAGGAAGUAAAAGCAACUUUUGCGGAGUGGCAGAUUGUGUGAAGGAGCAAUAAUACCAACAGUUACAUACAUUUGGUGUGGUACUGUAUAGAGACGCAGCAGUGCAAAAUUAUUACAAGGAAGAGAAAUAGCGCAUUGCCCCUGCGUCCGUGUCCAUGUAUCCCUCAUAUUUACCACAAAUCGUAGAUACAGAACAGAACAACAGCAUAAAGAAGAAGAAGAAGAAGAGGAAGCAAGUUUAAAAAAAGGGGGGUCAGUGCGGAAACAUUAUAUUGCCAUUUGCUGUGUAUACAGACAAUGAGCUUUUGCAGCUAGCGCACUGGCGGAAACUGUUGCUUGAAUAGAACGGCGAGACAAAUCACGAAGCAAAAGCAAAAGGAAAAUAAGCGCUACGUCUGGCGUAAACCAGUAAAGGGGCAGUGGUAUACAGGGAGCGUCUACAUACUAUUGCAUAUAUACUUAUGUGUGUGCAUAUGCACAUAUCGAGCAAAUCGCAAAAGCAAUCAGUCAGUGAAUGAGCCAGUAAGUGAUAGAUUGUGCAAGUGUGAGCGAGAUAGCAAGAAGGACUGUGAAGCUGAAAGUGGAAGUAGAAUUAGUAGUAGCGCAACUUGUGGACCGCUGGGUGUGUGUGUAUAUGUGUACAAAAUUGUUCGUGUGUGCUUUUGUUGUUGUUGCCCGCAGUUGCCGCCGUUCUGUUCGAUCUAUGUAUAACCUUCCCCCCUUGCGGCUUAGUGGCGGCAGCACCUCACGAGCUUGCUAAACAGCAAUCGUCGUCAUUCACUACUAUUACUACAUCACCUAUUUACACACAUAAAAUUCGCAUCGCGUGCUUUAAUUUCAGUCUUGUUUGCUGCUAUUUUUCUUCAACAAUUUUCCUACUCGUUUUGUACGGCAAUCAUAUUUUUUGCCUUUUUGGAUCUACACUUCUACUUUUACUUUGCGCAGCUUUAUCGUACAUUUUAAGUCGGUGCGGUACAUUCGUGUUCCAGCCAUCAAUCGGCGUGCUAAUUAUAAUCAACCACAACAACAAUAAGAGCGGCAGCAACAUUGUAUUCAUCAAUUCAUCGUUAUUGUUGUACUGUGUGUAUGCACAUAUUCCAGUUUCCUCCUCAACAAAAUUCUUAUUGACUUCUUCAUAUACGGUGUUCGUUGUGAUAUUCUUGCGAAAUUUUCAUCUCAUCCGCUUCCCAUCGCAUUCGCGUCGUUCACACUCGAAUUCGUGCGGUACUUAUGUAUGUAUGAAUGUACGUACACACGUAUGUACGUUCGCUCGUUCGUUUGUUUGUUUGAUCGUCGGUUUGUGUAAGUGUUUGUGUAUAGAAAAGUAACAAAACAACAAGUUGGAAAAAAAACAACUUGGCGAACACUUUUGCUUUCGGCCCCAACUGGAUUUCGUGUGCUUCUUCUUCUUCAACAUCUUCAUUGUUAUUGCAUUCUAUUCGCAGUGGCUAUUUACUUGUUUUGUCAUCAUUCUCAAGUAUGUAUUGCUUCGGCGUGCUAAAAUAACCAGAAAUGGUGUAAAAAAUACAAAUAACUAUAAGAACGCAUGUGCAGCGGCAGUGGCAGUGGCAGAAGUUUCGUCGACGACGGCGUUGAUGGCGAAGGCAGUGCGAACAGCAAGUACAACAACAACAAGUAGUGCUUUUUAGAGAUACUAGCAUUAUUAGAAAUUGUACCUGGGACUUAACAAAUCUACUACUACAAAUAGGUGUACAAAAUAUAAAUACAUUUCUCAAUAUCAGUAUAUAGUAAGUGUUUCAUAGUUUCGUCCUAAAAUGGACGGCUUUAACGUUCCAAUGCUGUCCGACAGUGGUUAUAGUAGUAACAACAGCAACACCAUACAAACACAUACGCAUCAUCACAAAGAUCAAAUGCUUAGCGCUGGCAGUGCCCCGGUCACACCAUUCAUAUACGAGCACAAAACGAUCCACCAAGGGUCGGGCAGUUUGAAGCCAACGAGCGAUUAUGCCGCCUUUACCAAUUGCAUUCAACAAUCCGCGCUGCUCGAUCACCGUACCGUUGAUGCGAAUAUUGAUGGCGUGUCGCUUAGCAGUCUUUGUGACCUGAAAUUCCCCAAUUCACCGUCGGCGGAUAGUAAUUUUAAGAAUAUUUCACUCAUAAAUAUCGAGGCUAAUCAAGUGCUGGUGCCUGCCAAAACUAUUGUUGCAAACGAUUUGAUUACCGAUGGUAAUGACGUCGAGUCGAACUUUUCGAAUAUUUUAUAUGUCAAGGACGACGUUGCCACAGAGGCGAAGGACAUGCCGAGCUGCGAGACGGCGCAGGUUACACAUGUGACGCACUACUUGCCCCUGAAAGCCAUCAACGAUGCUGAGGCGAAUUUUUCAAAGGCCACAGUCACGGUCACGGCUGCUGCAACCACGGUGACUGCACUAAAUUCCAGUGUGAUGGCUACCGUGCCGACAGACAGCACAACAACGAGGGCGAACAGAAAUAAUAGCAACAAUAGCAAUAACAGCAAUACUAGCCGUUCGAAGAGGGGGCAUGGCAGCAAUAGAAAUGGGCGCACAGUAACGAAUCGGCAUCACCAGCAACUGCAACCACAGCCGCAACAGCAGGUGCAGCAAGCAGAAGUGCUCGGUCCCACUGUUGCGACUGCGGGUGUCAACUAUUUGAAUGCGAAUGCAGGCAAUAAUUUUAACAUUUUGACGCUGGAUAGCCAAGCGAAUAACGAGCAUCACAACAACUCACCUGAUAACCAAAUCACAACAACAACGUCCACAUUAAUAACCACUGACACUGCCAACAGUAAAAGCAUCACAAGCACCAUCAAUAAUUUCAUUAGCAGCAAUCACAGCCAAAUUGUCAGAGCUAGCAGCAGCAGCAGCAGCAGCAACAGUUGCAGCAGUAAAAACAACAACAACAACAAUAACACCAACACUAACAGCAAUAGCAAUGAAAAUAAUGUACAAAGCAUGAACAGUAUUGCAACAAUGGGCCAUAGCCGGGCAACGGUUUUGCAGACUGUUGACGAGGUGACAGCGGGUGGGGGUUUGCCCACUCAGCGGCCUAGUGCAGUAGUCAUCGUAUCAACUCUGCCUGAUGGCAGCUGCAUUAGCGACAGCAAUAGUGCCCAUACAAACGUCACUCACGCCAGCAACAAUAAGACUUGUGGGAAUGGCACAGUGAUGUCGCCGAAUUCUAUGGACGGUUGUGCCACAGAGCCAGAGAAGCAACAAUCACAACAACAACAACAGAUGCAACAUAUGAACUCAUCGAGUGCUAGCAUUGAUUGUGAUUCACUAUCGUCCAUGGAUGAUAUGGAUGAUCAGGAAGUAAGCGAAGCUAGUUUUGGUUAUCAAGACAAUACGUCGUCGCAUUCGCAGCAAAGCGUUAGCGGCGGUGGUGGUGGAUGUGGCGCUGGUGGGGGAAGUAGCGCCAGCAGCAAUGCUGCCAAUGUUGUAGUACUCAACGGCAGUAAUCCAAAUGCUGCUGGCGGUUAUAUGACACUCCUGCCACCUGCCACAUCGAGUGGCCACAUGGGCAUAUCGACAGGCGGCACCAGCGCAAGCGCGGGCGGUUCCGGCGAAGGCAUCGAUUUCAAACAUCUCUUCGAAGAGUUAUGCCCCGUUUGUGGUGAUAAGGUGAGUGGCUAUCACUACGGUCUGCUGACGUGUGAGUCGUGCAAAGGUUUCUUCAAACGCACCGUGCAGAACAAGAAGGUGUACACAUGCGUCGCAGAGCGUUCCUGUCACAUCGACAAGACGCAACGAAAGCGGUGCCCCUACUGCAGAUUCCAGAAAUGCCUCGAGGUUGGCAUGAAACUUGAAGCCGUAAGAGCGGAUCGGAUGCGUGGUGGUCGCAAUAAGUUCGGACCCAUGUACAAACGUGAUAGGGCGCGAAAACUGCAAAUGAUGCGACAACGACAACUGGCCUUGCAAGCGCUACGCACUUCAAUUGGUUCGGUUGACAUGAAGUCGUCACCACUCUCGCCUGGCUACCAACAAGCAUAUCCGAAUAUGAGUAUAAAGCAAGAAAUUCAAAUACCUCAGGUGUCCUCUCUCACACAAUCACCAGAUUCAUCGCCCAGUCCCAUUGCCAUUGCGCUGGGACAGGUCAAUACAAGUGGUGGUGUGAUAUCUCCGCCUAUGAAUGGUGGUGGCGGUAGCGCUGGCGGUGGUGGUGGUGGUGUCAGCGGCAAUGGUGGCAACACCGGCGCCAACAAUAGCAACAGCAAUAACACCAGCGAUGGACUCAACCGCGGUGGUAGUGGCAAUUGUCACGACACUGGAAAUGGAUCUCUGCAAAAUGCGUCCGAAUCGAAACUGUGCUUCGACUCCGGCACGCAUCCUUCAAGCACUGCUGAUUCCAUAAUCGAGCCGCUCAGGGUUUCACCAAUGAUACGUGACUUUGUGCAAUCAAUAGAUGAUCGGGAAUGGCAGACACAACUCUUUGCGUUACUACAGAAACAAUCCUACAAUCAAGUGGAAGUUGAUCUCUUCGAGCUGAUGUGCAAAGUGUUGGAUCAGAAUCUGUUCUCUCAAGUGGAUUGGGCAAGAAACACUGUCUUCUUCAAGGAUCUUAAGGUUGAUGACCAAAUGAAAUUGCUUCAGCAUUCGUGGUCCGACAUGCUGGUGUUAGACCAUUUGCAUCAGCGAAUACACAACGGCCUACCAGAUGAAACGCAAUUAAAUAACGGUCAGGUAUUCAAUCUGCUCUGGCUAGGCCUGCUUGGCGUACCCCAAUUGGCGGACUAUUUCAAUGAACUCCAAAGUCGUUUGCAAGAUCUUAAGUUCGAUAUGGGGGAUUAUGUGUGUAUGAAAUUCCUAAUCCUACUCAAUCCAGAUGUACGUGGCAUUGUCAAUAAGAAGACCGUUUUGGAGGGUCAAGAGAAUGUGCAAGCAGCGCUCUUGGACUACACGCUCACCUGUUAUCCAUCAGUGACGGAUAAAUUUCGGAGGUUGCUUAGCAUACUGCCUGAUAUCCAUGCGAUGGCUUCACGAGGCGAAGACCAUCUCUAUUCGAAACAUUGUGCCGGUAGUGCACCCACGCAGACACUACUAAUGGAAAUGCUGCAUGCUAAAAGAAAAGCAUAAAUGUAAAUGAGCUACGGACGUAUGUGCAUAUGUGUAUGUGCAUAUGAGUGAAUGUGUAUAAAAUAUGAAAGCGCUUCAAAGCGACAGGAGACGAUUUUGGUUUGUUGUCGAAUGACGCUGAAUAAAAUUCAGGGUUGGUUUUUAGAUUUAGACAAUGAAAAAAACAAAAACAAAAAAAAAAACAAAAAAAAAAUAAAACAUGUGGGAAGUAAAAAGUAAUUUAGUAGCACAUGGAUUUUACGUUAUCUCCCUUCACACUUGCAAUUUAACUGCAAAAUGUAAAACAUAGAAGGACGAGGACGAACGAAGAUAAGUUUAAGGUUAGGCAGUUUAGGCAGAGCAAAGAUAAAUAUUAUAUUUUUAAAUGAUAUAUAUGUAUAUUGGUAUAGCUUAAGCGUUUAUUCAUAUUACUAUAUUAUAAAUCUAUAUAUAUACAUAUAUAUAUAUGUAAUUGUAUAAUAUUAUAAGCAAAAAAUAGAGAAGCAACACAGCAAACAAUGUGUUCGGAAAAUAUUUAAUAAUUAAGCAUUAAAUUAAAACACAUACUUACAUGUAUUAAUUUAGGACAAAAACAACAAUAUUAAAGCAAACACAUAUCGCUAGCUCAGAGUGAAAAUUUGCCAAGUUCAGUUUUUCACAUUUUACCGGAAGGAAUAAAAUUAUUUCAGAGUUAUUUUCUUCUAACACAAAAUUUCGCAUAUUCCAAGCUAAAACAACUCGAAAAGAAUCGACUUUCAUAACGUAGCUGAAAAGUUUUUAUAAAGUUUUUCUUGAAACUGAUCACAUUUUCAGUGAGGAUUUUGGAUUUUGCAAAGUUGCUUAUCACUGAAUAGAAACGAAUGGAAAUAAAACGGGUAGCUUAAUAUUUUACGAAACUAUGCAUUUUUAUUUUUCUCGCUUCUGCCAUUAAAAUAUAUGAUUUUAGAAAAAGUGAAUUUGCAACUUUUCGAACUGAACUAGCGAUAUUAAAUCAAAAACCUAAAGCAAAACAAACGUAAUGAAAACAAAUAAUCGAAAUCGCAAGUACGACCUUAGCGGUAAACGAGUGCUGUGAGUGGGUGGAUGUGUUCUUUUUUUUAUUUUCCCGCAACAUCCUUAGAGUGAGUGGAAAGUAAUGGUAUACGAAAUAAAUAAAUAAUUGGCGCUUACACUCGGUUAAGUGUUUGGCCGAGCCAUCUCCUCCUAUUUGUGGUGGUCGUCUAGAUGUUUUCCAGAAAUAGAAGCACCUAAAGUUUUCCGCCAGUUUUUAUCAGAAUUCUUUUCAUAUCCGAAUUACACUCGGAGGUGGUUUGUCUGAGUCUGCUGGGAAAAGACCGCUGUUAGAAAAAACUUUUUGUAUCAUUUGAUGUUUCAUGCGCGAGAUUUCGAAGUAGCCGCUCAUCAACUCAUUCGGUCACGGCGGUCUGUAAUGAUAUUGCCCAAGAAAAGUAUGAAAUCCAAUAGCGAGUGAUUUGAUAGUAGAAUUAUUGUUAAAAAAGGGAGCGUGUCAUUAUUCUGUAUUACAAAAUUCUGUAAGUUGCAAAAAAAUUCUGCUUUUUAAAAUUCUGCUUUUUUAAAAUUCUGCUUUUUAAAAUUCUGCUUUCUAAAAUUCUGCUUUUUCAAAAUUCUGCAUGUUUAAUGCGAAAAAUUCUGCUUUAUUCAAGUUUUGUGAUUUUCCUCUUACAAGAAGAGAGUCAAAGUUCUCAUCUCCAGGUAAUAUUUGAUUGCAAACAUAUGUACAUACCAAUGUAUAACUGUUAUCAACUAUAAUUAAUGUAGGUAUUUACAUAUGUACGAGGGGAUUCUGCUGUUUCCGUGGCGCCGCAUCUUAUGGCGGAUUCUUACAGAACUCGACAAAAGAAAACGAAAUGCAAGAGUAAAAUUUUUGGAUACCUCGCUUAUUAUUAUUUUUUAUUUAAUAUCUCGAAUAAUAAUAAAUAAUAAUAAUAAAUUAAAUAAUUACAUUACUUCUUUAACAUUGUUAACAUUAUAUUUUAAUACAGAAUUUUGUAAUACAGAAUUUUGAAAGCAGAAUUUUAGAAAGCAGAAUUUUAAAAAAGCAGAAUUUUAAAAAAGCAGAAUUUUAGAAAGCAGAAUUUUAAAAAGCAGAAUUUUGUACAUACAGAAUUUCGACACCAACCCGUUAAAAAAUAUAGUUCACAGCGCCUAUGUCCUGUUCUGCCUUUUUUCGUUAAUCU